AUGCUUCUGGAUGCUGGACCGCAGUAUCCCGCCAUAGGAGUCACUACCUUCGGAUCCUCUCGCCACCACUCCACGGCCGAUGUCACGGACAGAGAAGUGGGGCUGGGGAUCAACCCCUUCGCCGACGGCAUGGGCGCUUUCAAAAUCAACCCCAGCACCCACGAACUGGCCUCGGCCGGCCAGACCGCCUUCACCUCGCAGGCGCCUGGCUACGCGGCGGCGGCCCUGGGGCACCACCAUCACCCGACCCAUGUCAGCUCCUACUCCAGCGCCGCCUUCAACUCCACCCGGGACUUUCUAUUCCGCAACCGCGGCUUCGGGGAGGCGGCGGCCGCCAGCGCCCAGCACAGCCUCUUCGCUUCCGCCGCCGGCAGCUUCGCCGGACCCCACGGACACACGGAUGCCGCUGGACAUAUACUUUUCCCAGGGCUGCACGAGCAAGCCACCAGCCACGCUUCGCCUAACGUGGUGAACGGGCAGAUGCGCCUGGGCUUUUCGGGAGACAUGUACGGCAGACCGGAUCAGUACGGUCAGGUCACCAGCCCCCGCUCCGAGCACUACGCUUCGACCCAGCUGCACGGCUACGGCCACAUGAACAUGAACAUGGCAGCUCACCACGGAGCAGGGGCCUUCUUUCGUUACAUGAGGCAGCCCAUCAAACAGGAACUCAUUUGUAAGUGGAUUGAGCCUGAGCAAUUGUCAAACCCCAAAAAGUCCUGCAACAAAACUUUCAGCACGAUGCACGAGCUGGUGACUCAUGUCACAGUGGAGCACGUUGGAGGACCUGAGCAGUCCAAUCACAUAUGUUUCUGGGAAGAAUGUCCAAGAGAAGGGAAACCUUUCAAGGCCAAAUACAAACUUGUAAAUCACAUCAGAGUCCACACAGGUGAAAAACCUUUCCCUUGCCCUUUCCCAGGCUGUGGCAAAGUCUUUGCCAGAUCAGAGAAUCUCAAAAUACACAAAAGAACUCAUACAGGUGAAAAACCAUUUAAGUGUGAGUUCGAGGGCUGUGACAGGCGCUUUGCGAACAGCAGUGACCGCAAAAAGCACAUGCAUGUGCACACUUCCGACAAGCCCUAUCUCUGCAAAAUGUGUGACAAGUCCUACACGCACCCCAGCUCCCUCAGAAAGCACAUGAAGGUCCAUGAAUCAUCCUCGCAGGGGUCCCAGCCUUCUCCAGCCGCCAGCUCAGGCUACGAGUCCUCCACCCCUCCAACCAUCGUGUCUCCAUCCACAGAAAACCAGACUGCCAGCUCCUUAUCCCCUUCCUCCUCCGCAGUCCACCACACGUCCAGCCACAGCACGCUUACAUCAAAUUUUAACGAAUGGUACGUGUAA